AAAAAUUGUACAUAGAUAAGAAGUCGUUAAACAACUAAUCUAUUGCACAAUCACCAUAUCAAAAGUUACAUUACAACUGCCCAACAAACAUACACUUAUUUUACACCCGUGGCUUUCGCUAACCAGGGACAAUAGAAAAUUAUAAUUUUUUAAAGAUUUUACUAAUGCGUUGAAAACUUUGAAGCAACGACAAUAACAACGAAGUUGUCAACAUCAGUGAAUGAAGAAACGAUCAUGGAUCCUGAAGAAAUAAAAAAAGAGAUCGAAAGUAAUUUUGUACAAUUCUUCGGCAAAGACGGUAAUGCCAUGCCAGUUUAUAAAUAUAAAGGCCAUAAUAUACUUUACUUGGAAAUGGCAUCAUCAGCUUUAUCCAAACUAAAUACGGUGAAGUUUAGACCGGAUGAUGUUUUGCUUUAUACAUAUCCUGGAACAGGCGCACAUUGGAUGUAUGAAAUAACUAAUAUGAUACUGGCAGGAAACAGUAAAAGAACGCCCGCUAUAAAAGAAGAUGUGAUAUUAGAUAUGGCACCGGUCGAAACUCUUGAAGCUGUUAAAUCUCCUCGAGUCUUAAGCUCACAUCUCCCUCUUGUGCUUAUUCCCCCGAAAUUGUUGCAGAAUCACAAAAUUAUCUACGUGAACCGCAAUCCGAAAGCAACACUUCUUACAUACUAUAGGCAUUUGAAACAGGCUAAUACGUUUCAAUACAACGGAGAUUUUCCAAGCUAUUUUGAUCUUCAUAUGAAAGGAGAAGUUCCUUAUGGUGACUACUUUAAGCAUACUCAGGAAUUUUACACACGCUACCACGAUAAACCCAAUGUGCUUAUGGUAACUUACGAAGAAAUGAAAGCGGAUCUGUCCAAAAUAGUGUCACGUGUCGCUAAGUUCUUGGGGAGGACAGUCAGUGAUGAACUUAUAGAGAGCAUCGUUGAAAUGUGUACGUUCGAUAAAAUGAAAGCUGACGAGAAAAUACAGACAAAAUAUUAUCCCACAGACGGGUUCAAAGAAGGUGCUACUUACUACCAUUCUGGUAAAUUGGACACAUGGAAGAAAUGGCUGACUGUAGAACAAAGUGAAAGAGUAGAUGCAAGGGUCCAAACUGAAUUUUUCGAACAAGGAAUAAAACUUAAUAUUUGAUUAAUGCUUCGUUGGUUUAUGUUAGAAUUCGGUAUUAUGUCAUCGAAAUUUGAAACUAAAUGCGAGUGUUUGUGUGGCUGCUGACUAAAAAUUUCAUUUGAGUAUUGAUUAAAGCAGAAAUUAUAAUAAUUAUAA